UUUUUUUAAUUUUUUUGCUGACUAGUAUGUCACGUCAGGAAAACCGGGCAAAAAUACUGCCAAAGGACCUCCGGUGGUGAACGGUUUGACUGAAUUUAGGGGCAGAAGGUUUUGUGGUUGAUGGACCUCGAAAAAUCUCGCUGUGAAGUUGAGGGACCUCUGGUGAACUUAUUCCCUCUCGACGCAUCAUUACUCCGCUACGGCCCAUCUAACCAAUUAAGCCCACAGAAGCGAUUCGGCUCGGCCUGGCCCAUUUAAGACGCUCCUCUUCUUCCUCUUCCUCUUCCCGUCCCGCUCCCACCUCGACUUGAAAACCCUUUUUCCCUUUUCCUUUUCCCCCGGAUUCGCGUCUCCAUCGUUAAAUCGCAAUCAAUGCGUAUGAUUUGCUUUGAUUUUUCCCCAAAUUUCUUGACCGUUGGUAGGGCAAAGCCACCACGCUCCUCCACUUCCCUUUCGUCUCCCUCCGCCGCGAGAGGGACUGAUUCAAUUGUGGGGAUCUGCGGAUGUUCUGAACAUUUGUAAGAUGAGAAGGUUCUUUUUCUUUGGAUCAUCCACCGCAAGCACUGGGAAUGGUGGUAAAACACCAAGUGACGAUGAUAGCAGGAUUAAGAAGAAGGCAUUGGACGGAGGUGACAGCAAUGGCAGCUCCAGUUCCGCUUCCAAUUCCCCUGUCACAAAAGUGUGUAGAUCAAAGAGCCGGCGUCGAAAUCUGAACAAUGAGGAACCAUCUAAUCCGAAGCAGCUCAGGAGGUCUAUGUCCUUCUCAUCACCAGCCGGCAACAGUUUCUUGAAGGAUCGGAGCUUCAGCUUCUCGGGUGAUGUCCCAUCUUCUCUGUUUAAUGAAUCUGAUGCACCCGAUCAUGUUGCUAACUGCUAUGCAUGGUCACCAAAAAGGCGUCCAGCCCCAAGAGAAUACACAAUAAAGGAUCCAAAAGCACAUUCAGUCCUGCAAAGUGACUCUCCUGGUUCGAGAUGCUAUUCAUGCUCAACAGGGCACUCUCCUGUUAGUUCUCCCAUUGCCAUUCGAUGCAGGUCAACAAGACUAACCAAUUUAUUGAACAAGAAUGAAGUUCUAGAUCGAUACAUUGAUGGAGAGCAGGAAGCCACCAUCCUUGGUGAGAGACAGAAGCAAAACUCUCCCACCAGAUCUGCGGUUUCGAAUUUGGGAAGGCCGCCUCGACCGCAGUCUACAGUACCAUCUUUGCCAAGACUAACAAAAGAGAUCCUUGAGACUUACCCAUAUGAGGAUGUAAAGGAUGAACAUCUCCACCAACUAGCUCAAGAGGAUACAAGAGACACAUGCAAGAUUACAACACUGUGCAAUGCAAGUAGAAACCAUGCAGGUCUGCUAGAUGCUUCUGAGAGAUUUUCACAUUUAGAAGAUUACAAAUCGGAAAGUGUUACUUCUGUUGAAGAUAUCUAUGAGGAUUUGCAAGACUUUAAUCAUCCCUCCAUCGAUCCUACUUCAGAGGAUGUAGAAACUGAUGACAAGUUGCUCCAAAGGGCAAAAGAGGUUGAGGCAAAGUUCAUGGUCUCUUCUGAAAAAAAAUAUGAGCUUAACAUGUCCAAAAACAAGAGGCUAAGCGCAAAUGACAUGUUCCAGAUGAUCCAAUGUUUGACUGAAGAUAGGAAACAACUAGCAUAUGAAUUGUCUUCACAGAUCAAGGCACGCCUUACAGAAAGGUUUGCUGCCAAAGAGCAAUGCAAAAAUUUGAAGAAAGAGUUGGACAUCAGAACUAGAAGGCUAGAGAAGGAAAAGAUGGAAGUGCAAACUACUUUGGAGAAAGAGAUGGAUAGAAGAUCAGACGAUUGGUCAAUCAGACUAUCAAGAUUUCAGUGCGAGGAAGAGAGAUUACGUGAUCGGGUGAGAGAACUUGCAGAGCAGAAUGUCUCCUUUCAGCGAGAGGUUACUUUUCUUGAAGCAGAAAAGGUUGAUGCUUCUAAUAAGGUUGCUUGUUUGGAAAUGGGAAACAAAAAACUAAUUGAUGAGCUAGAGAAAGUCAGAAACAAUUGUGACAAUCUCCAGAAUUCAUCUGUAGAGUUACAUGAUUGUUUUACUAAGGCUGUGGAGGAAAAAGAUCAUCUCAGGAAAUUCUUGGAAGAUAAGGAUGGUGAGAACAAAGCAUUGCAUAAAGUGAUUUCAAGGCUACAAACCAUAUGCAAUGAACAAGAAAGAACAAUCAGUGGCUUAAGACAGGGAUACAGUACUGAAUUAGAUAAGAAAUCUGUUGAGUGCAGUGACAAGAUAAAGAAGAGAAUGCAAAUGGAACUUAUUAGACUGACAGGAGUUGAGCAGAAGUUAAGAGGUGAAGUUCAAUCUUGUCAUCUUGAAUCAGAGUCCCUAAGGCAAGAGAACAUUGCACUUUUAAAUCGUAUACAAAGUACUGGAAAUGGACCGCGCUUGUCCUCAAUUCGUCUUGACCAGGAGCUACUAGCCAGAGUGGAUAACUUGCAGAUACAUGGCUUGUCAUUGCUUGAUAAGACUAGCCAACUGUGCAUCAAAUUGUUGGAACUAAUGAAAUGCAAAAGGCAUGAAAAUGAAGCUGGCAAUGGCAUAGCUGCAUUAACUGUCACUGACUACACUUUGGAGUUCCAGAGCAUCAAAGGACGAAUCCAGAGUCUGAAGCAAAGUUUGGGGAUUAUUAGUUCUGUCCUCACUGAAAAGGAAAAUAUAAAGGGAAGUUCUGGAGAGACUGUAGUUGGAUCUAGUCCUUCCAGGGAGCACACAGAUGAGUUACCUCUGGAUAUUCCUGAACUCAAGCUGAAAGAAGAGGCUAUACUCAAUAGAGUGCUAAAGGAGGCUCUCCUUUCAAAGGAACUUGAUGUUGAACAAUUAGAGUCAGAUCUGGCAUCUUCACUUCGUAUACAGGAUGUCAUGAGAAAUGAGAUCCAGAGAGUUCAGGACGAACUAUCUUGCAUGAACCACAAGGCUAAGCACUUGGAGCUUCAGGGCUUGAAGAAAGAUGAGAUCAUUAGUCAGGUCCAGCUGGAUUUCCAGGAAUCUGCAAAGGAGAUUAGUGCCCUUAGAGGAACGCUGAAAACAGUAACUGAUGAGAGGGACCUUUUAUGGCAGGAAGCAAAGCAGCUGAGAAAAACCAUCAGCAUCAUGCAAAAUGAGACUGCCUCACUAAAGAAGAAAAUUGAAGCCCUUGAGGAAGACAUACUUGUUAAGGAGGGUCAGAUAUCAAUACUACAAGAUAACAUCAAGAAUCCUCAACUUGACUUCAUCUGCAGUCCUAGAUCAGUGAAGGAGUUUGGCCUGGAGUGAAAACUGCAUACACAGAAAAGGUUUUAGAACAGAGAUUGUCAGAUAGCCUCAAUAGUUUAUACUUCUGAAGACAAAGAUAGAUGCUUGUGAAUACAGUGUUCAUAUGCUUCUACAAUAUCUUCGCUACUCCAUACCGAUAUGUUAUGCAACCCAUUACCCAGCUUAUACCUUUUGUAAAGCUUGCGUACUUCUAUCUUAAUUUCGGAAGCUUCAACGACUAUUCCAUUUUUUUUUUCUGUUUUGUUCAUGUCUCUUCAUGAAUCCGGAAGUUGUGGCAAAGUAGAAUGAGAUAUUCCAGUGUCAAUGCGUUUAUCUUGUUUUAUCGACUGAUGAUCAAAGAGUGAGCACAUGUUGCAUGAA